AUGCCUUGGUGGAAGGAUGAGACUUUCUUUCUAAACCCCAACGCACUGUUACAACAUGCUCAAACACCUGUUUCAGCAGCUGUCAGGUCCGGAAACGUUGAAAUGGUGCGUAUUCUCAUUGAGCGGCCGGAAUUUCAACCUUGCCACGUCUCCGACUACUGCUGUCCAUUGCAUGUUGCGGCGGAAUGUGACAAUGAAGAAAUGGUUACCCUUGUCUUAAAUCGUUACAAGAAGGACAGAAAGGACACGUUGGACAGAAUCUGGCUAACGUUCAAAGACGCCUGCGCAAAUGGACGCAGCUCAACAGUGAAGGCCUUCCUCGAAUGGCCGACCCUUGAUCCCAACCUGAGAUCGCAUAAUAGGAGCUGGUCCCCGAUCGCAGACGCCAUUAGACUAUCUCAUCGCGCUGGCAAUUAUUUAGAGGUCAUCAAACUACUCAUCGGACACGAGAAGCUGGACCCCAACUUCUCAAACAUCGGACGCCGGCCGUUGGAGCUUGCCAUCGAUGUCAAGAGCCACCCCAUGGCGGAGCUUCUCCUCUCACGGGCUGAUUUGGACCCGAACGUUCACGGAGGUUUAUAUACACCCCUGUCCGAAGCUAUCCGAAAGAAGAUGCAUAAUACUGUGCGUAUGAUGCUUGAGCGACCAGACACAAACCCGAAUCUACGCAGCGAGCACAAUCCAGACGGCACACCACUCAUCACGGCGAUUCAUUGGGGGACACCCGAGAUCGUUGAAGAGCUAUUGAAAUGGGAGGACUUGGACCCAAACCUCCCCUCGACAGUUUCAAAACCCUCCAAGACUCCGUUGACUGCUGCCGCCAGUUCGGGUGCCGAGCAGGUAGUAAAAUUAUUGCUAAGUAGGGACGGAAUUGACGUCAACUUAUCGACAAACGAGCAUACGCCUUUAUCGCAAGCAAUCGUGAGUCGUAGGCUUAAGAUCGUUGAAAUGUUGAUGAGCCAUCAGCAUAUCGAUCCAAAUCAGGCUCCAUAUAUGAACGCAACCAUGCGUGUUUAUUCAAGGGUGGCGGGGAAGUCUGGGUACACUUUUGCCAAGUCAACUACCACCGAUCAAGCAGACGAUGCCAAGAUCGUAGCCAAGAACAUACCACUAUGUUUGGCUAUGGAGUUGCAGGAAUACGAAGCAGCCACGAUGCUUCUGAGACACCCUCAGAUCGAUGUCCAUAUCACAGACGGAACAAAUAGGACACCUCUUUGGUGGGCCACGUUUGGAGGGUCGCCAGCGCUCGUGCGACUCCUACUAGAGAAUGGCGCCAACAAGCAGAUCAACAUUCAAGACGUAAAUGGCUGGGCCCCUCUACAUGUGGCUGCGAACUCUGGGAAUCUGCAGCUAGUGGUUGACAUACUGGAGCAUCCGGAUGCUAAUCCGAAUCUAGCAAAUGAGGAUGGGUACACCGCAUUACAUCUCGGUGUCGUUUGCAACAAUGUUGAUCUUGUCGCACAGCUACUGAAGUUCCCAAAAGUCAAUAGUCGUCUGGUCACAAAUGCUGGUGAAACAGCACUUCAGCUCGCGGAGGGGUUGGGCUAUCAAAGGCUAGUUGCGAUGUUAAGAGAUAAUAGCAGGCCUAUUAAUGAUAACUACACGCAUUCUUCAUCACAAGUGUCGGAAAAUGUACCUACCGACGCAAAGCGGGAAGUCAAAACCAUCAUCAAGAAACCUUCAUAUACCACAACAAAAUAG